AUGGCCCCCGCCAGUGAUCCAAUGGUAGCCGGGGCCGAGCUGCAGCCUCCGUCUCCGUCUCCGGUCCCGCCAUCCGGGUCGACGUCGGCCCUGGCUACGGGCUAUGAGUCUCCGUCUGAAGAGAACCCACCCUUCUUCUCCGUCGUGGCCUCGGCUCCAGCUGCUCCAGGGACCGCCCAUUCAAGACAUCAUGUCGUGCCGCGGCCGGCCUUAUCUCAACGGCCAUCAUAUAUCACUGCUAUACCCCCUGAGCAUACCAACGGCCAUGCCCGUCCAGGUCGAUUACUCAACAAUGAGUCCGCUCUCACUUCAAAUAGCCUGAACCAUGUCAUCGCAACAGCUGAGAAGGGCCCUGGAAACCAAAAGGUUGGCAUUCGAGACCGCAUCGCCUGCUAUCAAUGGACAUAUUUCACUAUGACCAUGUCGACUGGAGGCAUUGCAAAUAUUAUUUACUCAUUGAAGUGGGAAGCAUCUUGGCUGCGUGGCAUUGGCCUCUUCUUCUUCUUUCUCAACAUCGUCCUUUUUGCAAUGAAUUGUAUUCUUAUCUGUACAAGAUUCCAUCUGAGGCCUGGGAGUUUCGUAAACUCCUUCACAGACCAAGUUGAGUCGCUCUUCAUAUCAGCUUCAUUGGUGUCUAUUGCUGUAAUAUUAAUCAACACCUGCCAAUACGGUAUUCCGCACACCGGCAUAUGGCUAGUCCACACUAUGGAGUGUGUCUUCUGGGUUUACGCUGCCCUGAGCGUCUCCCUCAGCGCAUUUCUAUAUCUCAUAUUAUGGUCUACUCUAAUCUUCCCCGUCCAUACCAUGACACCAACCUGGGUCUUCCCAGCGUACCCUCUGUUACUCAAUGCCCCCUUUGCAGCAAACCUCAUCGCGGCUGCAGAUUCAGCUGGUCACAAACUAUCAACCAACACUGUUGCAAUGGCACUCGGGGCCACUGCUAUUCAAGGAACCGGUUGUCUGAUCGCUUUCAUGAUUUCGUCGGCCUUCAUAUACCGCCUCAUGACGCAGAAGCUCCCUAGGGACAUGCAGAGGCCCGGCAUCUUCAUGUCUAUCGGUCCCUAUGGCUUUACCGCUGCUGGCAUAGCUCAACUCGGCAGCCAAGCAGACUUGGUAAUACCUCCAAACUUUCUUGACAACCCUCAGUUUGCCGCUAUCAUCAAAGUCAUCAGCAUUCUCGUCAGCCUCUGGCUCUGGGGACUUGCCAUGUGGUUCUUCAUUGUUUGCGUCGGCGCAUUGUGGAAAUACUCUCUUUCCGGCCAUCAUUUGCCGUUCCAGAUGACGUGGUGGUCUUUUGUUUUCCCUAAUACGGCUCUUGUUACCGCUACCAGUGUCAUGGGUAAAAUAUUUGAUAGCAAUGGCCUGCAUAUAUUUGCCUCUGUCAUGACCGCUGCAAUCAUCAUCGUCUGGGCUCUUAUCUUCAUCAGAAUGUGCUGGAGUCUGAAAUCGAGAAAACUUCUGUGGCCCAAGGAUGGAAAAUAG